AUGUCAUUGAACGUAUCAUUGUACACAGUGUCAGCAUUGCUAAUACUAGACAACGAAGGUAACAGAUUAUAUGCUAAAUACUAUACUCCUCCAACAUCAGACAAUGAUAUUCACAACAACAACAACAACAACAACAACAGUAGUAAUCUCAAAACAGCCAAGCCUUCCACCUCAGCCAAAUCCACCAGUCAAUUGAAGUUUGAGAAAUCGUUAUUUUCCAAAAUCAACAAGGUCCAUCAAGACAUUCUCUUGUAUGACAACAAUUUGAUUGUAUACAAACAAAUCAACGAUACAUCAAUCAUACUCGUGGCUCCAAUAAAUGAAAAUGAAUGUCUCAUGUACUCAACAUUGACCAAUCUAGUUGAAUCCAUAACCAUUUUGUUGAAUAACACCGUUGAUAAAGCUACAAUUGUCGAGAAUUACGAUUUGGUAGUGUUGGCCAUUGAUGAGACUAUUGAUGAUGGUGGGAUUAUUUUGGAGUAUGACCCAGCCACUAUUGUGUCUAGAGUUACCAAUGCGCCGGUGAGUUCGGGUGCUGCCGGUGUCGAUUUGAAGAACAUUGACUUGAGCGAGAAGGGAUUGUUUAAUGCUUUGAGUUUUGCUGGUAAGAAGUUGGCUGAGAGAGUACAACAAGGGUUGUAG